AUUCGUUUCGUCAAGUUCAGUUUGUUUCUUCGUACUUUGCUUGAGUAUCAAGUUGUUAACAAUUCUGCACAAUGGGUUUCUUCCAGAGAUUUCUGCCUCCCAAUGAUCGCUAUGCAGCUCUUAUGCUCUAUGGCAUGGUCUUCAGUACCUGCUUUAAUGGUUACGACGCUGGAAUCAUGACAGUAAUUCUAGCGGAUCCUCAAUUCAGAGCCUACUACGCAGUCAAUGCUACCAAGCAGGGUGUUAUUGCGACUAUUCCAUGGGCCACAACCGGGUUUGCUCAACUGAUCGUCGGUGGUUCCCUCGCGAAUUGGAUUGGACGACUGUGGGCCUUGAGGAUAUCUAUUGCCGUCAUGAUUGUUGGAGUUGUUAUUCAGGUCGUACCCAAUACUUAUGGCGUCCUUAUCUUAGGCCGUCUCACAGCUGGUCUUGGCUUUGGUUGCGUAUACAUUGCUACCAGUUUAUAUGUUGCCGAAUGCGCCCCAAGAUCUUUACGAGGAAGCUUCGUCGGAACAGUGACACAAUUCGGAUACCAACUUGGAACAUUUAUCGCUUUUUGGGCUGGAUAUGGCAUGUCUUUCCACAGCUCGCCGUACAACAUCGCUUGGAGAGUAUCCAACAUCAUUCAAAUCCCGAUUGGAAUAACAUUCGUCUGUAUUUCGUUCUUCUACAUUGAGUCUCCGAGAUGGCUUUUGGAGAAGAACCCCGACUCGCCAGAAUUAUGUCUUGCUUCUCUUGCGAAGCUUAGAUCGGGAACGAUUAACGACGAGCAUGUUCGGCUUGAAUUCCAUGAACUUGUCGCUUCUCACGAAUACCGGAAGCGCUUCAACACAGGAUAUUGGGGAAUCUUUUCAAGCGCGGGAAUGAGAAAGAGACUUGCCUACGGCGUCUACGCUAUGGCGUUGCAACAAUUUGGUGGUAUUGCUGCCCUGACCAUGUACGCCGCGUUAAUCUACGAAUCCUUGGGAUGGAACGCUGGUCACCAAGCACUCGCCAUCAACGGUAUACAAGCCGCACUACAGCUUGUUAUCGUUCUUGUGAACACAUUCACCGUUGAUCGAUUUGGCCGAAAGCCUCUCCUCAUUGCAGGAUUCACGAUCCAGUCCUUGGCACUUCUCAUAUUAUCCUCGCUUACCACAACCUACCCUGAUAAUACAAACCGAGCUGCUUGUGUUGCCGAAGUCGCUAUGCUCUUCAUUGUUGGUUUGACAUAUUGUUGGUCUAACGGUCCCAUCACGCCUGCUAUUGCUUCAGAGAUCUUCCCUCAGGAAGUCCGUGAUAAAGCCUUCGGUCUCUCCCUGCUUGGACAGACUGUUUGCCUUCUUGCUUUGACCCAGCCAUGGCCGAGAUUCAACCAAGAGGUUGGAGCUAAAAGCUACUGGCUCUUGUUCGGUCUCAAUGUUGUUGCAUUGAUCUCCGUGAUUUUUAUUCUACCAGAGACCAAGGGAAUCUCACUCGAGCGUAUGGAUAAAUUGUUUGGUGAAGUUGAUGCUGUUGCAGCGGGCGAGGAAAGUACUUCUGCUGAAAAGAUUGAGGCUAUAACGUACAGCGGUGGAGAUGUCAAAACCGCCGUGACAGAUCAUGUUGAGGACCACUCUCAAGCCGCUGCAAGAAAGGACGAGCUUUGAACUAGCUUUGAGAUCUAAGUAUAGCAAACAGGAGCUAUAUCAGCAUUUCGUAGUCAGAUCAG